AUGAAAGGUGUGGUUCGGUCAGCUCCGUGUGCCGCGGUCAGGUUCGAAUCUCAGGCUCGGCAGGAUGAGACGCUGCGCUCCAUCCGGCGCGCCGAACGCUUGGUGUUCCGGUCCUCCGGGGCCCCUCUGGAUUCCGCCACACGCUACCGGACACCACCGGCUUCCUCCAAACUCCCGGAUUUACAGCUUCUAGCUUCCGAAAUUACAACCCGACCCAAAUCCUCCAGCACUAUGUUGCAUUCAUUGUGUGCGAGUGGCCCGUUCCCACCACCUGCGUUGCGUGAGCAGAGUGCCGGCCUCAGCGUAGCAGUGGCUGCUGAAUACACCCGUGCUGUACGGCAAGUAGAAGGCCGUUUACGGAGACAGGCAGGGAAGAUCACUGAGGAAGCCACUAGGCUGGAUCAUCAGAAAGAGAAACUGGAGAAACUGCUGCGAAGUGUCAGGACAGCGCUGCUCAUCAACCAGAAAACCACAGACGCACGGUCACGAAGACCAGCCACUGAGAGAGCAAAAGAUGGAGCUGAUCAUCUGCUCUGCCAUGAGAGGAAGGGCUUGAACAAGCUGAAGCAGAAACUGGAGACUUCUCUGAGAGACACUUUAAUUCAGUUGCAGACCCUAGCUCGGAGCAACAGACAGCUCCUGGACUGUGCCUUUGAAAGGUCCAGGGUAAUUGAACUGCUCCCACAGCAUGGAUCACCUUUAGCAGCUGUGCAUGGCUCACUUUCUCCUCUCGCACAGAAACCUGACCCCUCGGGUCCAUUUACCCCAGAGUGUAAAGAGGCACUAGAUUCAUCAGCAGCUGUGUUUCGGACGUCUCAGCAGCUCAGCAGGAGCAUUGAACAGGUCAUGAGCGACGCCAUCAUUAAACAGACAACUCUACAUCAUUCAGUCAAUGAGGGUCUGUUAAAGAAAAUUGCAGAAACCCAGAGUUUACAGCAACGUCUCACACUGAGCGCAGCAGCCACUAGACAGGCCAUCUAUCACAAACGGAGACAGAUGCAAUGUGCCAUCUAUAGCCAUGGCAGAGCGUUGGGUCCAGUCAACGCCGAUGAUCUUUUCUGCAGAGAGAGAACGAACAGGCCUGUCGUGCAGGUCUACGAGAGACAUUCAAGUUUUCAGCUGCCUGAAUCCAGACUCCGAACACAGGGCAGUGUUAUUCUGAAGCAAUAUUUGAAGUGUGCAGAAAAAGCAGUAGAAGAGCUGCAGGUUGCACAUUUGCAGCUGGAGGAUGACUCUUGUGCAAAGAGAGCGGCAGCGAGUGUGGACUCUGCCAUAGUCCGACUUCGAAGAAGGAACAUGCCUCACGUGUUCGUCCAGUCAGCAAGCACAUAA